UCCCUGUCGAAAACAACCCCCAACACCAACGCCUCACAUAUCGCCAACGGACCAAAUACCACCACCACCAGUAGUAGUACUAGUGCCAGCAUCGCACUCACUCACUCCCACCACCCUCACACAGAUCCAAUCCUCUCUCUCUCUCCCCCCUCCACUAUGGGCUUCCCGGUCAACGUCCCCUCCCAGUCGCCACCCAAGCCCCUCAACUUCCUCAUCUACGGCAAGACCGGCUGGAUCGGCGGCCUCCUCGGCAAGCUCUGCCAAUCCCAAUCCAUCCCCUUCGCCUACGGCUCCGGCCGCCUCGAGGACCGGAGAUCCCUUGAGGCCGACCUGGCCGCCUGCGACCCCUCCCACGUCAUCAACGCCGCCGGCGUCACUGGCCGCCCCAACGUCGACUGGUGCGAGUCGCACAAGGUCGAGACCAUACGGGCCAACGUCGUCGGAACCCUCACCCUGGCCGAUGUAUGCAGGGAGAGGGGUCUGAUUUUGAUUAAUUAUGCCACCGGGUGCAUUUUCGAGUACGACGCGGAGCAUCCGCUCGGGUCCGGGGUCGGGUUCAAGGAGGAGGAUACGCCGAAUUUCAUUGGGUCGUUUUAUUCCAAGACUAAGGCCAUGGUGGAAGACUUACUCAGAAAUUAUGAGAAUGUCUGUACGCUACGUGUCAGAAUGCCGAUCUCUUCUGAUUUGUCAAAUCCCCGCAAUUUCAUCACGAAGAUCUCUCGAUAUGAGAAGGUUGUUAAUAUUCCAAACUCCAUGACGAUAUUGGAUGAACUUCUCCCCAUUUCCAUUGAGAUGGCAAAGAGAAACCUCACUGGGAUAUGGAACUUCACCAACCCUGGAGUUGUCAGCCACAAUGAGAUUUUAGAGAUGUAUCGGGAGUACAUUGACCCCAACUUUACAUGGAAGAACUUCACUCUCGAGGAGCAGGCACAGGUGAUCGUUGCCCCAAGGAGCAACAAUGAGCUCGAUGCAACCAAACUGAGUCGGGAAUUUCCUGAACUCUUGUCCAUCAAGGAAUCCCUCAUAAAGUAUGUGUUCAAGCCUAACCAGAAGACUUCUGUUGCUUGAAGCUUCGAGGUUUGAACUUUUGUCAUGUCAAUGUUACUGUUGUUUAAAUUUUAUUCAUGCAGGUAGAUGCGAUCGCUCCACUAUAAGGGUUUUCUUUCCUUGUGGCAAGCAUGAUUUCCUAUUCUGUAUUCGAAUGUUGUAUUUGAAUUACCUUGAUAACGAAUAAAUGAUUGGAAGUGAUUUGUUAAA